ACACCCAGACCCGGCCCUGCUAACCCAGCCACACUGCACUAUGACCAGCCUCAGAGCGGAUCGAGGGCCCUGGCCCUGCCCUCCUGGUUGUCCUCCAGCUUCAGGCCUGUAGGGGACAGGGGACUGCUGAGCUCAGGAAGCCCAUCUACCAGAGACUCAGACGACUGGACGAUCAGGUCGUUCCGUCGAUUCCAGGAACAGACCCUGAGCCGGUUAGACCUUCUGAACCAUGUGUCUAAUGUGUCGACCCCCCUAGAGGUCAGAGUUCAGACCCUGUCUGACCAACACAGAAACCUCACCCAGGAACUAACGCAACUCAGAGACACCACCAUACAGGAGCUGGACAUCCUGAAAGACCGGAGCAGUAAACUACAGAAGAAGAACAAGAGGAUGGAGGGAAGACUGGCCUCGCUGGAGAGAGGACUGAGACACAGACAGGGACAGGGCAGCAGGCAGACCCAGAGACUGAGUCAGGAGCAGGGAGAGUCUCUCUCCAGCCUCACCCUGGAGCUCCACAGCCAGGAGGGGCGUCUCGACUCACUGGAGGCCCAGCGAGAGGAGCUUCUGGUCGGGCUGAGAGGUCUCCAGGAGUCCCUGAGGGAGCAGGGUCUCCGGAUGAGCCGGCUCGAAGGGAGGCUGGGGGAGCUUUUACAGGGGAAUGUAAUCUCUUCCAGGGGAUCAGAGAGGACAGGAGACCCCAUCACCUCCAACCUCACCCCCCAGGACACAGCACCCCCACGGAGGACCCAGGCCUCCAGAGGACAGAGCCCAAGACAGGACACCCAGACAUAUUACCAGCCCCAGCCUCAGGCUAACACUCAGCCCUACUCUCAGCCCCAUCCCCAACCCCAUUCCCAGCCAAAACACACCAAAGACAGGAGGAUGAGGACAAGACUACAGCCUCCACCUCCCCACCCCACACAGCCUCCUUCUCAGUCCCAGGAGGAGAGGAAGAGGCUGGGGGAGAGAGGACAGGAGAGCCCCCGGCCUGGUCGUCCUCAACAGGGGCCAAAACCACAGUUUGUGGAGGAGACGAGAGAGGAGGGAGAGAUGGAGAGGAGGAGGGGGGAUGAGGUGUGGAGGAGGAGUGAAGUGACGCGGACAGAGAUGAGGAGGGGAGAGGAAAGGAGGGGAGAGAAAGAGCGGACAGAGAGGAGGAAGGAAGAGGAAGAGAGGACAGAGAGGAGGGGAGAGGAAGAGCAGACAGAGAGGAGGAAGAAAGAUGAGGAGAUGAAAGGAGAGGAAUCACAAAUCCAGAACCUUCUCCAGCUUCCAGUGAGACACAAGAUCCCUCUGCAGCACAUCCCCAGGAGAGAAGCCACCAUCUGUAAUGUGGACUCCAUGCUCCUGUUCCCGUCAGCUUCCUCUGAGAACUACGUCACCUUCUCCCGGAGCUUCCCUGCUCUUCCAGAACUCUCCGUGUGCCUGUGGUUCCGCGUCGACGUCGGGUACGUAGGAACGCUCCUCUCUUACGCCACGGAAGACAACGACAACAAACUAGUCCUAUACGGACGCAACUCCUCCUCCUCUUCUUCCUCCACCCCCAACCGAGCAACCCUGGACUUCGUGGUGGGAGACCCUGCGUACCGUGAGCUCCCUGUGGACUCUGUGCUGGACGGGUGCUGGCACCACCUCUGUGUACUCUGGUCCUCUAUCCAGGGACGAUUCUGGCACUACACCGACCGGCGCCUGACCUCCGCAGGGUCAGGGUUCAGGAAGGGUUACGAGGUGCCAGGAGGGGGGAUAGUGGUGCUGGGAGCAGAGCAGGACAGCCAGGGGGGAGGGUUUGAUCCCAACGAGGGGUUCGUGGGGCGCCUGGCGGGGUUCACCGUAUGGGACCGGGUGUUGAGUCCUGGGGAGGUGACGGGGGUGGCUACGGGGAGGGGGGUACCCCGGGGGGUGGUGCUCGAGUUGGGGGACGUUGACGGAGUUCAUGGGGAGGUGCAGCAGGUAGCCUGCGAGUGCCUGGAACACUGUAGCUGAGACGUCUGAUUCCAAACCGACCCUCAUCCCUCGUCCCUAUAGGCACUCCUAGAUCUACAGUGUGGUUCUUUAGGGCAGAGUGGGCUGGUUUUUACUCCUCUGUACUUGAUUGAUCAAUUAAGGUAAUUGAUUUCCCCUCACCUGGUUGUCUAUGUCUUAAUUGUGCGUCAAUUAAAAAUAAAUAAUAACAAACAACAACAACCAGC